UCAUCAAUGGCAAAAAAAGCAGUGUUAAUUGGAAUCAAUUAUCCAGGAACAAAAGCAGAACUAAGAGGUUGUAUUAACGAUGUUAAACGAAUGUACAAUUGUUUGCUAAACCGUUAUGGUUUUGCAGAGGAAGACAUAACUGUUCUUAUAGAUACAGAUGAUUCUUACACACAACCAACUGGUCGGAACAUACGUAAAGCUUUUUCUGAUCUUGUUGGAUCUGCUGAAUCAGGUGAUGUUUUGUUUUUACAUUAUAGUGGACAUGGUACGAGGUUGCCUGCUGAAACUGGGGAAGAAGAUGAUACUGGUUAUGAUGAAUGUAUUGUUCCUUGUGAUAUGAAUCUUAUUACAGAUGAUGAUUUUAGAGAGCUCGUGGACAAAGUUCCUGAAGGUUGUCGGAUCACAAUUGUAUCCGACUCAUGCCACAGUGGCGGUCUCAUUGACAAAGCUAAAGAGCAGAUAGGGGAGAGCCACAAGCAAGGCGAUGAUGAUGAAGGCCAUGGAUCUGGUUUUGGGUUCAAGAAUUUCUUACGUCGAAAUGUUGAAGAUGCAUUUGAAUCCCGGGGUAUCCACCUUCCACAUCGCCACCACCACCGUGAGGAAGAGGAGAAUUUCGCAGAGAGUAGUGUGCUUGAGACAGAAGACGGGAAUCAAGUCCAUGUGAAGAGCAAGUCCUUGCCUCUUUCCACCCUCAUCGAGAUACUUAAGCAGAAAACCGGUAAGGAGGACAUUGAUGUUGGGAAACUCAGGCCGACACUCUUUGAUGUCUUUGGUGAAGAUGCAAGUCCUAAGGUGAAGAAAUUCAUGAAGGUAAUCUUGUACAAACUACAGAAGAAAAACGAGGAUGGUGAAGGUGGUGGGUUCAUGGGUAUGGUUGGUAACUUGGCUCAAGAGUUUCUGAAACAGAAACUUGAUGAAAAUGACGAGAGCUAUGCAAAGCCGGCUAUGGAAACACACGUUGAAGGUAAGCAGGAGGUCUAUGCCGGUUCUGGCAAUAGAGGUCUUCCGGACAGUGGCAUUCUCAUCAGUGGGUGCCAAACAGACCAAACAUCUGCCGAUGCCACCCCUGCAGGCGGAGAAUCUUAUGGCGCUCUAAGCAACGCAAUUCAGGAAAUCCUGGCUGAAUCAGAUGGUCCAGUCACCAAUGAAGAACUUGUUAGAAAGGCUAGGAAAAAGAUGGCGAGACAAGGCUUCACGCAACGUCCAGGCCUCUACUGCGAUGAUUAUCACGUUGAUGCUCCUUUCGUGUGUUGAUUCUGCUGUGCCUCCUUUUGUGUAUCCGCAUGGUGAUUAUUUGUGCUAAUGUUGCAAUAGCUCUUCAAAUCUGGUGUUAUAGAACCAUUCUUCAUCAUGUGUGUGUGUUAUUUGGCUCUGUUUUUUGAAUUUGGCCAGAGAAUAAGGUACAAAAGAACCUGGCUUUCGGUAUUGUUUUGGAAAUUUGGUUACUCUAAAUCUGGGAGUGUUUAUUUUGUAUACUGGAUGUGUUAUAAUGUAAUACUUUGUCAUGCUUUCUAUAAUAUUUCACCAUAGCUUUUUCGUUUUCA